ACACAAACAUGCGAUUCAGGUCUUCAGUCUUUGUUAUUCUUCAUCGCUGGUUAGGCUCUGAUCCUGAAUACGACAAAUGGUCCCAUUCCGAGUUACGUUCCUGGCUUAAAGACCACCACAUCAAGGUCCCCACUCAUUUUGAUCAAUCCCAGCUUCAUGACCUCGUAGCGGCGAACUGGGCUUCUCCUCCUCCUACACCCCCGUCUUUUGCUGAACAGUCUCAUCGUUUCUGCUCGAGUCAUGGCGUGGUAGCGCCUUCUGGACCCCGCGAGCAGCUUGUUUUACUUGCUAAACAGAAGUAUCGCUCCUAUACCGACGCCGCAUCAUACUACUCUUCCCUUGCGUCUGAAACCGCCACUUCGGCAUACUCCGAUGUUACGGAUACAUUAUAUGACACAUCUAAAAGCGCCAGCAGCAUUGUAGCUCAGGCUACCCAGGAUGUUGGUCGCGCUUUCGACGACGGCAAGGAUUAUAUCCACUCAACUUGGGAUGAUAGUCGUCUCAGAUCUUGGCUCGAAGAUCAUGGAGUAAUUGAAGCUAGAAAGACUAGCACCCAUUCCGAGCUCAUGAAGCUCGCCAACGACUACUGUCGUACGGCUGUGGAGCCGGUAUGGAACGCCUGGAGCGACUCGUAUAUGCGCGAAUGGCUGGUUUCGCAUAACCUUCUUUCACCUUCCGAUACCGCAUCGCGCUCUACCUUGCUUGGAGAGAUGAAUAAGUAUUAUUACUCCUCACACGACAAGGUUUGGAGUGCUUGGUCUGACAGUGAAUUGAAGUAUUGGCUCGUCAAGCAUGGUCUCCUCAAGAGUGACGCACCAAAUAAGCGUGAUGAACUGGUGAAGAUGGUCGAGGACAACUACGCUUCUGCUUCAGACAGCGUAUGGGACGCUUGGAAUGACUCAGACAUUCGUCAAUGGCUUUCUGAACACGGAUACACUGAUGAUAGAACCGUCGCACAGAAAAAGCGUGAUGAGUUGGUGAGCUUGAUCGACAAACAGUCCGUACCAUUCCUCCGACGCGCUUCGAAAUACCCUGAUAUCCUAUUCAGAUAUAACGACCAUGGUGUCAAUGAAGCUGCACUUCCCACGAAUAGGCCCGGGUUAUUGCAGGAGACUCGCAUACGCUGGACAAUCUUCACAAAGCUACAGGAGAUUGUCAACAGUAGCAUAGGCGCGGUGGAGGAUAGAUUGGCCAGAAUACUCGAGCUCCUGAGUGGCCAUUCGCACCAUACUUCCGAGAAGGCUGAUGAUUACCGUGCUUACGUGGAGGAUAAGAAAGAUAGCGCGUGGCAUUGGUGCUCUCAGAUGGGCGAUGAUGCGAAAGGCAAGGGUGGCGAUUAUACUGAGUGUGCCAAGAGCAAGGCAAAGGAGGAAGGGUUUGAUGAGAAGAUGAAACGUGUUCGUGAAGGCAUCAAAUGGGGUGGGGAGAAGACGAAAAGUGCUGGCGAUGAGCUCUAGACGGAAAUCAAAUGAAGUUUGCCGACUGUAAAUCGUCAAGAAAGUACCUAUGUAGUAAUGCUGUAACAUCGUACACUAUUGUAAUAAACUCCCAAUGUCUCUCAUUUA